CCACUUAGGCCACUCUUGUGAUGGUCCCACGUCUCCGACUCGGGCACUCUGUGGUGGAGGGGGUGGGACUUCUCUGAUAAGAUACGUUAUCACCGUAUAAAUACGUCUGUUUGACCAGACGCCCCUGUCAGUCAGUGCGUCUGUCUGUGUGUCCGGGGUCAGGACCCUGAUUGGAUUACACAUUUAGUGGGUAAUUUAUAAGAUGAACCCGACCAUUGUAGUGGUUUUCGUGAUUGGCUCAGCGCAGCUGUUGACUGCCACUCCUGUACAUAGACGAGAAAUUAUCGCAGACAACAGGAAGCAGUUUUAUACAAUUCCAGAGGUACUGACAACUACCACUUCUACCCCACAUGCACUUAUGGAAAAUAUCAACAAGGCUUUAGAAACAACCACAAUUUUGGCAACUGACGAUGAAUUAAGUCUUUCAAGUGAAGAAUCAAUAAAUAUAAAGCCCGGAUCAAUCUCUCUUUCUUCAGAAGUACAGGAUGACUCAUUAGAAAUUAAGAAUAGUCCUCCGGAAACUUCUCUUUCACCACCAGAGUCUUCACAUUCAAAUGCUGAAGAUACAAUACAUACUUUAGGGAGCACCGUAUUUACAUCAGGUGAAUUACAGAAUCCAAAUGAAACCACAGAGCAAGCAUUGGAUGAGUCACAUAAUAAAACUGCAGAACCUACCGUGACCAGUAAAGUAUCAUCUGAAGAUUCUGAAACAGUUGACUUAAAAUCUUCAGGUUCCCAGCCUCCAUACGAAAAUUUGGAUUUAUCAUCUCUACAAGUGUCAAAUUCUCCUGAUGAACCUUUAUCGGAGGCGUUUCAGACUACAUCUGAAGCCACAUUGCAACUAACAGAAUUAUUAUUUGAGGAUAAUCCAAUAUCUGCAACGCUCAUAUCCUCACCUGAAGAUUCAACACCAUCCUCCAAGGAUUCUUUAUCUUUAGACGAAUUAUUCUCAUCGAAAUCUUCAACUGAUACUAUAUUUCUAGCAACUAAAAAAUCUGAAUUACCUUUUGAGACAACAACUCAUACUCCUAUUGAAACUCAUAUUUCAUCAGAACCGUUAUCGGAAACUUCAUAUUAUACACCUAAAGCCUCUGAAUCCUUAUCUCAAGACCCAAUAUCUCCUACAUACAUAUCUCACUUAUCACAAGAGUUGUAUUCUGAAAUGUCCAAGAUCUCUCCAGAAGUUAAUGAACCUUCUUCUGAAUUACAAAAUCUGGUCUCUGAUCCCUCAUCUGAAACACCUUAUCUUCUGAAUUUUAAUAAAACAUCUGAUCUGCCUGUAACAGACAUUCCAGAAUCUUCUACUCGAGCUUCAGUAACUUCUUCGGAAACACUAAUACCUACAUACCUCUAUUCUCACACUCCUUCAGAUAUUUCCCCUGAAAUAUCAUUUCCAUUGUCUGACAUUUCUACUGAUAUUACAAGUUUCCCUUCAGAAAUAUCAUUUCCUCUAUCUGAAAUACUACAUUCUUCACCGGAACGUCCAUCUAAAACAAUAAAUUCAACAUCCAAUGCUGAAUUAGAAGGUAGCACUAGACUAUCUGAAGACAAUACUCUAACGUCAACAAUACAAAACUUUGAAACCCUAUACCCUUCUUCUGAAAUACUACUUACAACAUCUAAGGACAUAGACCAAUCCUCUAGCAACUUAACUUUGUUAACUGAAGGGUCAAAUCUUUCAUCUGAGGACCAAUAUCCUCCUUCUUCAACUUCUGAAAAACCUGAACCAUAUUUUGAAGAUGCAACUUCAUCAACAUAUAUACCAAAUUCUUUAUCUAGUUCACAGUUUUCUUUGCCUUCUUCUGUAUUUGAUUCAACAACUGAAACACCUAUAUCUUUACUGGAAACUUCGGUUACAUCAGAUAUGCCAAUAUCUUCCUAUGAAGACAUAGGCUAUUCAUUGGAAAGCUCUUCAACAAUCUCAGAAGAUUUAAACACAUCUUAUACAACGUCUGAAAACCCUGAACAAUCUUUUGAAAACGCAACAUCAUCAUCCUAUAUACCUAAUACACAGUUUUCUUCAUCAUCUUCUGUAUUUGAUUCAACAACUGAAACACUUAUACCUUUACUUGAAACUUCAGUUACAUCAGAUAUGCCAAUAUCUUCCUAUGAAGAACUAGGCUCUUCAUAUGAAAGCUCUUCAACGAUCUCAGAGGAUUUAACAUCACCUUAUACAACGUCUGAAAAACCUGAACCAUCUUUUGAAGACGCAACUUCAUCAACCUAUUUACCUAACCCUUUAUCCAAUACACAGUUUUCUUCAUCUUCUUCUGUAUUUGAUUCAACAAAUGAGAUACCUAUAUCAUUACUUGAAGCUUCGGUUACAUCAGAUAUGCCAAUAUCUUCCUAUGAAGAUUUAGCCUCUUCUUACGAAAGCUCUUCAACAAUCUCGGAGGGUUUAAAACCAUCUUAUACAACCUCAACAUUAGAUAAUACAGCACCAUCUUCAUCUGAAGCUAAUUUAGUACCAUCUGAAGUACCUGAACCAUUUUCUGAAGCUACAACUUUAACAGAAGAUGCGACAGACUUAUUCAGUGAAGGCAUUCAUUCAUCAGAAUUUACAACAAGGAUACCUUAUCCCACAUCUGGAACUUAUGAACCUACAUCUGGAGUCCAGUUAUCAUCAAAAGAAGUUACAUUUUUGGAAUAUUUUCCAUCCAUAUCGAUUUCAGAACCCACAUCAGAAACGUUAAAAACCUCAAGUGAAGUUUUAGAAUCUACUUUGGAAACAUUUGGUACCUCAUCUGAAAUUCUGCAAACUUCUACGAUAUUUUUGACUAAAUCACCUAGUUCAGAUACUUCAGAAUCCAUUACUGAAUACUCUUCAGGAACUGAAGAGCCACUUCAAGAAUCAUCCAAAUCAGUAUUCUCAUCUAUAACAUCAAAGCCUUUACAAGACAAUUCUGAGUUAACUGUUUCUCUAUUUACAACAGAAACUUCAACACUACUGAAUGUACUGUCAAGUGAAAUUUCCUUUAAUACAUCAAAAACAUUAAGAUCCUCCACUGAAGUUCCAGAAACAACAGCUGAUGAGUCAACUGAUUGGCUUACGACUUUGGCAGGGCACACUACUGAAUCUUCAAUCACUGAAGUUUCUCAAUCUUUCGAAUCCUCUACAGAAAUGUCCACAUUGAUAGAUAUUAUUUCUUCAUUUAAUCAGACAACUGAAGAAUCAACAAUUACACCAAUGGACCCAGUUACAACCACUUCAAUUAUGGUAACAAAUUCUACAGACACUAAAGGAACAACAGCGCAAGUAACAACAGAACCAAGAAACUCUGGAAAAUCAGGUCAUCAUUUCAGUGUUUUCCUUCCUUUAAUACUGGUCACUUUCGUAUCAACAGCACAUAUUAUAACAUGGAUAUAGAACAUUGAAACAAAAAAAUAAAUAUGAAAAUGUUUAAAAAAAAGUUGAAACAGUAAUAAGGAGAAUUUUGGGUGCACUCAAACUAGAGAGUUGGUAACAUUUCUUAAAGGAAGGUGACUGAAAUAUAUAUUUCUUAUAGUUUGGGUACUAUAAGACAGCAAGCUAAUAAGUUUAUUGUUUGCCUUAUAUUUUUAUUGUGUUUCAAAACAUUAAAAAGUCAGGGAGAUAAAAAUCUGUAUUGCUAGAAUUGUAAUUUUGCACCUUUUUAGAGGAAAGCUUAUAUGCAUUCUUACCAGAGUGUCAAUCUACUACUAAAAUUAGGCAUCUGGAAAACCUCUUUAUUUACUAUAUUUCACAUUUAUAGUAGGUACAUAUUGAAAUAAUUUUGUAACAUAAAUCAGAGAUUUUAGUCACAUAUGAUAAUAAUAUUUCAUUGUUACAAUGAAAUCUUGGAAAAUUAUUGGUGAAAUGAAGAUGUUUCUUAAAUUUAGGUAUUAUUCCUAAAUUGAGUGGUUAAAUGUAUGGUAACAAUACAAUUAAGGUAGAUCACGUCAUGAGUAUACUCUGGUUGAGCAAUAAACACCACAAUUCCUGUAAUUCUUAAUUACAUAUGACCAUAAAACAAAAUGAUGAUAGUUCAAAUAGUUCCUUAGAAAUUUAUGCCAUAGAACUAAAUUUUGAGUCAUAAUUCCAUUACCAUCUAGUCAGAUAGAUAAUUAAGAGGAAAUACACUAUAAUACACUUACUUUGUUCGAGGCCAGGACUGGCUGUUGGAUGACUUCUUCGCUUGUCCUUAACAAACUUCCUAUUUUAUUUUCAUCAAAAGAAAGGAAUUGUUCACCACCACUGAAAUAAUAAAAUAAAUUUCCCACGUAUCAAGGUAUUAGAUCACCACUUGAUAUUGUACUUUAUCCAUCAUCAUUAGUAUUUAAUUUUAAAAUAGUAUAUUCCAUAGCAGAAAAAAUUUAAUUUUGUGGUUGGGCUGAAGGAAGGCUUUUAGAGUUAUCACAACAACCAACACUUUCUGGACUGUUAACUGGCACUUUUUUCAUAUACAAAUGUUAUAGGAUGUAUGUUUAUUAGAAUUAUAUUUAUAAUCCCAUACUUUCAAAAAAAUUUUCAGUUCUAAACUAUUAAAAAUUGUAAGGGUCAUUGAAGAGUUCAUGGGAAAUAUAAAUUUGUUUUUGAUCAAACAAUUCAGCUAAAUUUUAAAUGAUGAAAUCCACAAACACACAAACAAUUAAUAUGUUUUUCUAUAUGAAAAUCUUCUCAAGCAUUAUGCAAAACAAACUUCUUGUUGUUCAUGACCAUUAAAUCAUUAGGCCAUUUUAAACUUUCAACAUUUUUCUGUAUAAUCCUUAUUGUUUUUUGGAAAACUUUGGCAUCCUACACAUCUUAAACAUAAAAUAUUGAAGUAUAAUGCCUUACAUUGCCUAGUUGAGUGUUAUAAACUUAAUGUUUGUGAAAUUUAAUCCCUUUAACCUUAUCAGGAAGUAAGGGAUUUAGUGAUAUCUAGAUGGUUUUAGAUACAAUGUUUCUACAUUUUAUUUAUAGUCUAUCCUUAUUGUAUGGUUCUAAAACGAUUUUUCAUGUUAAAUAUUAGCUUUAAAGUAUGUUUCACUGAAACAGUAAUCUUUUAAUUCAGGAAUGUGGUUCUUCAAAUCAAGUAAUUUGGAGAAAUGUUUCUUUUUUGGAACUUUGGAACUUAAAGUACAAUUAAUAACAUUUAUUACAGGAAGCUGUGUUAAGCAAUGUGUUAUGUUUUGGUGAAUGAAGAAAGGGUAAUUUUGGAAGAAGAGAAAAUGGAAGGCCCCACAAAAUGGUCUCACAUAUACAAAGGGCAGUAGGCUACUGAUCAACCUGCUAGCCUAAGGGCUAAUCACCAAACUAAAACUAGUUACUCUAAUUUAGACCUGAUCGUGUUUAAGACUUCACUGUAUUCAUAGCACUAUCUAUACAUGGGAACCUUUUGUUAAGCAAAAUUAUUCUAUAAAUUGCAAUUUUGGACUGAUGUUUGUAACUUACUACUAUAGGAUUUUGAUAUAUUUUUUUAAUUUAAUCUUAUUAAGACUCCUGAGGCCUGGGGAAAAACUGUAUAGUACAGUAACAGAGGUAGUGAGUGAAUGAAUUUUGUUCAAUAUUCAUAUGAAUUAUGACUUAAAGUAAUGUAAUUUAUAAUGAAAAAAUGGUUUGAUGUGUUUUUUAAUGAAAUAAUACUUAAGAACAUUAAUUUUUAUAUACAAAAGCCAUGCCAUUCCCUUGAGUCAUCUUUCAUAUACAAAUGAUAAAAAUCAAAUCUGUAUCUUCAACCAUUUUUUAAUGGAGCUGAAUUCGAUAUGGCCUCUACUGUUUAUUUAAAUACCUAAAACUCCUCAUGUAGCAUAAAAUUCUUUUCUAUUUGUUUUUUACUUUUGGGAAGACAUUAAAUGACUAUGACAACAAGCUUAUUAUAUAAAAAAGUUAAUCCAACCAGAAUUUGAUUACAUCAUAAAUUUUACAAUUAUUAAAAGUCAUUUUUAUAAAGCAUUAAAUUAUUUAUGCUUAUGUUACUGAUUGUGUUUGUUAAUAAAAUAUCAAAUAAAUAAAGAUAAUUGACAAGUAACAUAUGAAUUUGUAAAUUGCACAUUCCAGCUAUGUUUCAUAGGUUAGUUAUUGUUAUAUUCUUUUUAAGUUUUUGUGUAAUAUAUUUGCUAGAAUUUGAUGUGUUUUCAAUGAGCUAUUUAUGUACAUAGACAAUAUAAAGGAGCCAGGGAAUUUAAUUAACAUCUUUUAAAUACAUUGAACUUUGACUUUUGUAUGUAUAUUCUUUAUAUUUAGUCGAGCAAAAUAGUUAAUAUUAACUAGUUAUAUGUGUUCGUAAUUAAAUGAAAUGUGAUGUACUGUAUUAUUAUAUUAGUCUCACAUCUAUACAUUUUUAUAUUUUCAAUUUUUGAUAUACUUACUAUAUACUGACAAGUGUUUAGUACAAGUUGUAAAUAUAACUAAUUUAUUUAGGUAUGAUGUGAGUUAUAACAUUUUUAAUUACAAACGAGAGUCAUAGUUUUUUGUAAAUCACUAAUGAUACAUUCAUGAUACCAUGAAUGUUUUAAUGAACCAUAUUCAUUUGUUAUAAUAUUCCAUGGAAUGUUCAAUGUUCUACAAUAGAGAUUGCCGGGCAUUAUGGGAUUUUGAAAUUGGUCUAAUUGCAAGUUUUAUUUUUGUUUACUUGUGUGAAUCUACUAAAAAUAGGGUACAACAUAAAUUUAGUUACUGUUAUUUUUAUUUAUGUACUUGUGUUGUUUAUAUGUAAAUAUGUAAGAAUAAACUGUAAAAUUAUCAUUUUUACCUCGUGAUUUAUUUUAUUCCUAUUUUGUUUGUUUGUUAAUUAAUUAAUUAUAUUAUUUGGUUGGCCACUACAUUGACUCUGUUCCAGAACCAUUUGAACAUCUUAUGAUGUAGAACAAACCAGUCAGUUUUAUCUUUAGCUCUUUUAAUAUGUAAGCACAUAUUAAUUUAUACAUAUUAAUUUAAUAAAUUACGGUUUAGGUGUGAAAAAAUGGCAACUUAAAUUAUUGAUGAUUUAAAUAUACUAACACAUAUGACAUGAUGAUGAAGUUCUGUGUUUUUCAAAUUGGGAAUUUCUAUUGUUUUGUUAGCCAAGAGGUGAUACUCCACAAGAAUGAAAAUUCAGGAUCAUCUUUGUUAAUUACUCAGUACGAACAGUCAAAGAUUCUGAAAUCCAAACUAAACUGGUAAAUGGUCCUCUGCGAACCUAAUACAGCACAGAACACUCAAACUAUUUUAUACACCAUUUUACAUGGUCUGUAAUGUAAGGGAAUGUUCAGCAUAGGAAUGGAAUUACAUGCAAAAAUGAUGAGACCUGCUAUUUAAAUUUAUUGGGUUUACUUACAUAACUUACUUAACUGAUGAUUAAAUCUAUUGAAUGCUAUAUUGCAAUUAAUUGAUAACAAUAUGCUCCCAUACAAAUUUUAUAUGAGAUUGGAGGGGUGGCAAGUCGGUAUAUGAUGGUUAUGGCAGCUAUUAAAAUUAUGGCAAUUCCUCAGCUAUAUAACGUUAAUAUUGCCAUUGGCAGUGGAUUGACUCACACAUCAAAUGGAACAAAUAUAAGCGGGUGCUGAGUAGACAAGGCAGUUUAGUACCAGCUCUGAGUUAGGGUCCGAUUGAUAAUGUUAAACCAGUAGAGGAUAUUAAAUUUAUACAAAGCUGCAGCUGAGUUCCUUUGCGUUUCUCUUUAAGCAAGUAAAUGGAAUCCCGACGACUCAUACUAUGUGUCUUCCUUGUGUGGAUGCAUCAAGCAGUAUGUUGGCCAGAGUUCGAGGAAAUGUUUUCUGAUGAAGAUAUACCAACAAACAUGUUAGGAAUAGAAAAAAGUUCAAUAAUCAGAAGUGUAACAAUUUCUACUACUAAAAUGGAUUAUACAAACAUCAAUAAAAAUUUGAACACAACAACUUUGUCCAUGCACAAAGUUUCGCCUGGACAACAAAGACAUAAAAGGGAUCCAAUGUACCAGAACGAAGAACUAAAUUAUACAACAGAAAGUGUAAAUCACAUUGACUCGAACUCAGAAUCAGUUAAAGAGUAUGAGAUUUCAACCUCUGCAGAUGAAAGAAACAUAAGCACCACUCUCCAACAGCAAAAUCUUGGACUUAAAUUAACUAAUGGAAAUGCAACAUACUCAACUGAAGAAGAAUCAAAGAGUACGACAGGAAGUGUAAAUAGCACUAACAUUUACUCAGAAUCAGUUGAUGAGAAUGAGAUUUCAACCUCUGCAGAUGAAACAAACAUAAGCACCACUCUCCAACAGCAUUAUCUUGGUCUUAAAUUAACUAAAGGAAAUACAACAUACUCAACUGAAGAAGAAUCAAUGAGUACGACAGGAAGUGUAAAUAGCACUAACAUUUACUCAGAAUCAGUUGAUGAGAAUGAGAUUUCAACCUCUGCAGAUGAAACAAACAUAAACACCACUCUCCAACAGCAUUAUCUUGGUCUUAAAUUAACUAAAGGAAAUACAACAUACUCAACUGAAGAAGAAUCAAAGAGUACGACAGGAAGUGUAAAUAGCACUAACAUUUACUCAGAAUCAGUUGAUGAGAAUGAGAUUUCAACCUCUGCAGAUGAAACAAACAUAAGCACCACUCUCCAACAGCAUUAUCUUGGUCUUAAAUUAACUAAAGGAAAUACAACAUACUCAACUGAAGAAGAAUCAAAGAGUACGACAGGAAGUGUAAAUAGCACUAACAUUUACUCAGAAUCAGUUGAUGAGAAUGAGAUUUCAACCUCUGCAGAUGAAACAAAUAUAAGCACCACUCUCCAACAGCAUUAUCUUGGUCUUAAAUUAACUAAAGGAAAUACAACAUACUCAACUGAAGAAGAAUCAAAGAGUACGACAGGAAGUGUAAAUAGCACUAUCAUGAACAUUGAAACGGUAGCUGAGAAUAAUGAGAUUUUAUCCUCUACAGCCAAAAGGAACAUUAGCACGAAUCUUCAACAGCAAAAUCUUGAACUUGUAUUAGGCAAUGCAUACAUAUCAAAUUCAUCUGAAGAAGAACUAAAACAUACAACAGAAAGUGUAAAUAGCAAUGACAUGAACUCUAUAAUAGUUGAUAAAGAUAAUGAAGUUUCAUCAUCUACAUCGAAAACUAUCAAACAAAGUAUUCUUCAAAAAUCAGAUACGUUGCUUUGGUUAAAUGGAUCCGAUUCAAAUAGUGCAACUAAAGAUGAACCAAAGUACACAGCAGAAAUUGUAAAUGUUUCUAACAUAAAUUUUAAAACAGGGAACAUAAGAAGUUUUGACUCUACUGCUGAAAACAGCACUACAAUUCCUUUUCACCUCAUAUAUACUACAUUCGGGUUAACUGGAUUAAAUAAAUCUGAUUCGGUUGAUGUAAAAUUAAACUAUACCACAGAAAAUCACAACAGUAAUACAAAUAACUACAGAACUAAUGAAACUGAGUAUUCUACACCUUAUUUUGUGCCAGUUACUUAUGGAAACCUGAUUUCAUCAAAUAAAAAUUAUAAUAAAUCUACUACAACAACAAAUUCAAAUCUCAUAAAACCAAACACAUCAACGAUAGUUACUAAACAGAAUAAAAGUGAUUUAGAUACCAAACAAAACAAUUUUACAUUUGUGAAUACCACAAAUAAUAUAAAAAUCAUUGAAAUUUCAACAACUUAUGAAAGAAAAACUCCAGAAGACACAAAAUCAAGAUAUUUUAAAACUAAUGCUGAAAAAGAAUUUCUCAAGAGUGAAACAUACAAAACAGUUAAACCUUUAAGCAGGAGUAUAAAUAACCAUACACAGCAUAGAAAAUUGGAACCAGAUAUUCAAAAUAGUUUGGUAACGUAUGCAAUAACUCAACAAAACAUACCAAAAGUUCAUGAAGGUUCCUAUCAAACGCAUAGAAAAAGUUAUCGCGCAAAACCAUUCCUCUAAUAGAUAUACAGCUAAAGCCGAAAGUAAGUCUAGACAAAAUCUGGGAAGUAAUAAUAAUUCAUCAAUUAAUAAUUCCAUCAUUUCACAAUAUAAUCCAAUUACGAGAAAUAGACAGGCUGAGGUACACCAACAUGGAAAGAAUAAUGUUAUAUUUAGCAGGACAAUUCCUCAGAUUGCUAAAUACAAACUAGUACAAAACAUUGAAAAUAAUGAUACAGUCAAAUACUCCAUGAAAGCAGAGGGAGAAACAAAUUUAGACGUAAAAGAAGAGAAACAUCAUAAUAUCAAUCUUGUAAUCAAAAAAGAAAAUGUUACAUCAUCACUAACAAAAAAGAUUGGUUCAUUUUUAAACAAAGAAAUAAAGAUGAAAGUAAGGUCUAUUCUGGAAUUCCUGGGAACUAUAUCCUGGGGGUCAUUCAUAUUUUACUCUGUUGGAAAAGAGAAUUCAUAACAAUAAACUAGCAUGUUUAAUUAUGUCUUAACAGUUUAUCCUGUGGAUUACUUAAAGUUCACUUUGCUUGUUUGUUUAAAAAUUAAAUUUCUGAUGACAUGA